CAAUCAGAGCGCGGCCCGGCAGCCAGUUGGCCAAUCAGAGGCAGGCCUUGCCAGGUGGCUGCCCAGUUAUCAGAGCUGUUGCCCGAAGCGCUGCUGCUUAGUCGCUUUGGCUGGGAUAGUCGCUGGGCGCACUGGGACUCGCUCAGAGCCGUCGCUGCAACUAACGACAGGAUUUGUUUGGAGCAUCGGAAAGAAAGCAUUUUUGUGGCAUAAAAGUGACCAAGUGCGCAGCAAGGAGAGGGCUGGCAGCUGUUUGUGGGGCUGAAUAUCGCUCCAACUUGCUCCGAUCGCAGGGAAGUUGCCCCGAAGCCGUUUGCCCAGGGGACCGGCCGCUCUCCAUGCUGCCCAAUGUUAGCCGUGGGCCCGAUGGAUACUAACAGGCAGAGUGCGUUUGUACUGAGCAGCACUCCCCUGGCUGCCUUGCACAACAUGGCUGAGAUGAAGACCACUUUGUUCCCUUAUGCCUUACAGAACCCCAGCUUCAAAGCCCCCGGCCUGUCCUCUCUCAGCGCACAGAUCCCCCUGGGAACCCCUCAUGGGAUUAGUGACAUUCUCAGCAGGCCCCUGGGGGCCACACUGGGCUCCUCCGCCAACCUGCUCAGCAGCCUUCCUCGUAUCAAUGGACUUGCCACCUCCACUGGGAUGUACUUUAACCCUGCUGCUGUGUCCAGGUACCCCAAGCCCCUGGCAGAACUGCCCGGCAGGGCCCCCAUCUUCUGGCCUGGGGUAAUGCAGGGCUCACCUUGGAGGGACCCCAGACUGGGCUGCCCAAGCCAGGCGGGGAUGGUGCUGGACAAGGACGGAAAGAAGAAACACUCCCGACCAACCUUUUCUGGGCAGCAGAUAUUUGCCCUGGAGAAAACCUUCGAGCAGACCAAGUACCUGGCAGGGCCGGAGAGGGCACGUCUGGCCUAUUCCCUGGGCAUGACCGAGAGCCAAGUGAAGGUCUGGUUCCAGAACAGAAGGACCAAGUGGAGAAAGAGACAUGCAGCAGAGAUGGCUACGGCCAAGAAGAAACACGACUCGGAGACAGAGAAGAUGAAGGAGAGCUCAGAAAACGAGGAGGACGAUGAAUACAAUAAACCCUUGGACCCCAACUCGGACGAUGAAAAAAUCUCCAGGUUAUUAAAAAAGCACAAGUCCACAAACUUGAACCUUCUCAGCCCUUGCAGCAACAAUUCGGACACUUUGUGAUAGGAAAUCACAGACUUCUCCCCCCCCCCCCAACCCAAACCCAAAGGAACUCUCCUCAGUCCCCUUAUAAAGCGCUUUAACAGCUGAAUUAACCAGGGUAUUCAAUAAACAAGAAAUUGUACGUGGAUGUUAAAAUAAAAAGUGGUAUGUGUUGUACAGCCUAAAAUGUAUGUUAAGAUGUAUAUAUAUUUUUUACAGAAUAAGUUAUAAAAAUUAUCUGCUUGUGUAAAUUGGGAAGGAGAGAUGCGACUCGUCUGCGGCAAAACCGGGCGAUUUUAUGAAUUCAAAAUUCCCUUCUGUUUUGCUGAUUGUUUUACUUACACAACGUUCUGCAUCCGAAUCCCGUUUGUACAGAUACAUUCCAGUCACUUUGUAUAUAUCCGAAGGCAGAUUCCUUUUCUUUAUUUUUGUUUCAUCCUCCCUUCCCCGUUGCAAAAAUGAAAGCUCUUGGGAGGUUUUUUUAAACCUCCGUUUUCCCUAUGAGGACUUGUUUAUUCAGCCAAAUAAUAACAUAACCCGAAAUAUUUGAUUUUGAAGUUGGAUUUAAAUAUUGUUGUCCACAGUUGAUGGAAAGACUUUGUAUAUUAAAUAAAUUAUUUAACAUCCUCUCCUUA